AAAGCAAAGGGGCUAAUAGCUAAGAUCGUGUCACUGUGUCUGUAGCCAGUUCAAAAAAUAUAUCUUGCAAAAUGAAUACAAAGGCAGUAAUUGUUAGUGUGCUGGUUGCCAUCGUCUGUGUACAGUUUGCCAACUCCCUGGUGUGCUACACCUGCGUUACACCGAAGGACUGCAAGAGCCCCAAGAAAGUAACCUGCACAAAUGCGGCUGCCAACGAGACCAGUAACCACCUGGAAGUUUACCACCAGAAUGUUCGUAACGCGACCAGCACGCGGUUCGAUUGUCUGGCCCUGAAAUACACCUGGAACAACGAUGUGAUCCAUCAGCUCCAUGGCUGUGUCCAUCCGGCAGUCGGACCCUGCAGCUUGACCCUGAAGCCGGCCUAUGGCCACUACAAUAAGACGAAAUGUCUGACCUGCUCCGGCGAUAAGUGCAACAAGAGUCCCGCCGGAAAGAUGAGCAGCAGCACUGUGACCAUUGCGGCUAGCGUGUUUGGUCUCUUGCUGGUCAAGAUCUAUGUGUAGAAGACAAGCCUGUAUUAAUUUAGUGAUGAGCUAAGAACAAGAGAUCGGAGUCGUCUGUUAAUAAAUUAAUUCUUUUUUUA